GGGUGGGGCUUCACCACACCGCCGCGUAUGAGACGACAGUUCAGCGAGCCGGACCUCAACAACCAGCAAGCGCCCUCUGACAUCUGAACCUGGGCUCGCUACUCCUACAUGCUGUAUACGACGCACACAAAUCUGCACCCACACAUCGGCAUCACCUUCACCAUGAAGCUCUUCUUCACGGUCUUCGUCCUCCUCGGCGUGGGCGUCGCCGUGGUGACCGACGAGGUCGUCUGCCAGACCGACCGGGACAGGGACCACCGAGUGCGGUUCAGCUGCGAGAUGGCUGGUUUCCGCACGCUUCCCGAGGGUAUUCUACCUGCGACAGAGGUCCUCUUGUUUCCCAAGAACCAGUUCUCCAGCCUGUACUGGGAGUCCUUCCAGAUCUUCACCAAGCUCCACAAGCUGGACCUGAAUUCCAACCAGGUGAGUCAGGUGACGCCAAGCGCCGGGCCGCUUCUCCCUCACCUCAAGGUCCUCGGACUUAGACGCAACCGGAUCACGUCUUUGGCGGACGGGGCCUUCUCCGCCUGCCCUGCCCUGACAAAUCUCUACCUGAACAAUAACCUCAUCGAGCUUCUGAGCGACCACACGUUCGCCGGACUCAGCAAGUUGGAGAUCCUAGACCUGUCGAACAAUCGCAUCAGGGUUCUUCCGCCACUCUUGCUCCGUCCCCUGCAUGCGAUAGAAACGCUCUACCUGGAAAGAAACCAGAUCAGCGAGCUCCCAGAAGAUUGGUUCAGCCCGAAGGAAGACGUCCCCUACUUGUACCUUUUUGCCAACCCGUGGGCGUGUUUCUGUAACCUGAUGUACCUCCACACAUACUUACAAGCCUACUUCUUCAACUUCUACAUGUACGACGGCCAGACUUUCAACGCUAGCAAGACCAGUUUGGUGUGCCACUCGCCUCAGCGGCUCAAAGAUCGCGCCAUCUUUCACUUGAACCAGGGCGACUUGUGUCCACCUACUCAACCGCCGCAGACCGCCGCCACCCUCCUGCGGCUCAACUCCACUAGCAGUGUGACUGAUGUGCAAGAAGAAAGUGCUGACAUCGGGCAAUGGAUCACUUCAGGCACACUUGACCAGUAUGGCACCACCACAACUGCAUCACAUCCUACAACUUCAACUCCAAUUCCUGCUACUAUCUCAGUUGGAACGCCCGCCGGCGCCGAGGUCGCCGAGGUCCGGGACGAGCGUUAUGACGCAUCCCUCCCCCACAUGUCCUGUGCCAACGUACUCUGUCUGUGGUUGUUGGCCACUAACGUGUGUGUGUGUUUGCUGAUGGUCGCGAGUACCCUCCUGACUCUGGUGAGACUGAGGGUCUGGUACAGGAGGGCAUCAUACAUGGAAACACAAAGGCUUGAAAAACGUGACAGCAGAAAAAUAAUAGUUGGGGGUGUCCCCCAGGGAAAGCAAAGUCGUUUUUUUUUCAUUGGAACAUAAAUGAAGCAAUCUGAAAGAUCUGAAGAGUGUAAUCCGGCAUAAUACAACAUUUGCUUCAUGCAGAAAAUUGGGUUUUGCGCCGCUCAGGUUCAUGUUGCUGUACAAAUUUGAGAUUAAAAUUCAAUUUGCUUCA